AUGGGUCCCAAUGUGAAGGACAAUCCAAUGCCAAGUCAUGGUCCUUCAUCAGUGAACAAUAUAGAAGUUUGUCUCAAUGAACAACGUGUUACGAAGAAAGAGGAGAUUCGGCAGUCUUUGGUUGAAAUUCAUUCUGUUUUAUGUGCUCAUGGUCUAUUCCAACAUAACCACCAGAUCUGUGGUACAUGUUUAGUCAAUUCAAGAGGUUGUAGAAAGAUUCAAGAUGAUUUGCAAGGCGUCCUUGAUCAGGGUUUGAUUCAGAUUUCUAGACAAGUGAGUUCUCCAGAAUCACAAGAACAAGAGGUGAAUGUCAUCAUUCCUUGCUUCAACAUUUCAGAGAAAGUAGAGAUAGCUUAUCAUCCGAGGGAGCCAGUGGUGAUUUGCCCUCCGGGCCCAAUGCCUUACACUUCAGAUAAAGCGGUCCCCUACCGCUAUGCAGCAACUAUUAUUGAGAACGGUAAAGAGGUCGAGAUUAAAACCUUAGCCUCAGUUACCAAUAUCGCAGCAAAUAGCCGAAUGACGCGCAGUGGCCGUGUGUUCGCUCCGCCGGUUAUCCCAAGUAGAAAUGUUGAGAAAGAUCCAGUAGUCGUGGUACCAGUGACAAGAGAAGCAGAAGGGAAAACAAGCAAUUCAACCCUUGACAAAGAAACAGAUGAACUACUCAGAAUUAUCAAGCUCAGUGACUACAAAGUGGUAGAUCAGUUGCUACAGACACCGUCAAAAAUCUCGAUCCUGUCCUUAUUAUUGAACUCAGGUGUCCACAGAGAAGCAUUACUGAAGGUGCUUGAUCAAGCCUUUGUAGAACAGGAUAUAACAGCAGAGCAGUUCAACAAUGUUGUAGGCAGCAUCACUUCGUGCAAUGGCUUAGGCUUUUGUGAUGAAGAACUGCCAGAAGAAGGAAAGAAUCACAACUUCGCUCUCCAUAUCUCAGCCAAUUGUCAAGGGGAUUCUUUGUCUAAUAUCCUAAUUGACACCGGUUCAUCUCUGAAUGUCAUGCCCAAGUCUACCUUGUUGAAGCUAAAGUAUAAAGGGGGGCAAAUGCGGCACAGUGGAAUUAUUGUGAAAGCAUUCGAUGGAUCAAGAAAAACAGUCAUUGGAGAAGUUGAUUUGCCUAUUGGUAUUGGACCACACGUAUUCCAGAUCACUUUCCAGGUUAUGGACAUAGUGCCAGCUUAUAGCUGUCUGCUCGGACGCCCAUGGAUUCAUGAGGCGGGUGCCAUUACAUCCACGUUACACCAAAAGUUAAAGUUUUUCAAGAAUGGGCAAAUAGUGACGGUUAAUGGGGAGCAGGCUAUGUUGAUUAGCCACCUUUCAUCGUUUAGUGUGAUAGAAGCAGACGAAAUGGCUGUUCAAACUCCAUUUCAGGCCCUGACCAUCGAUGAUUACAAGAAAAGUGAAGGUUCAAUCGCGUCAUUCAAAGACGCCCAGCAGAUUGUCAAGACAGGUCCUACAGAAAUGUGGGGCAAGGUGAUAGAGUUGUCAGAAAACGUUAACCAUGCAGGAUUAGGCUUUGUUGAUGGAAAACAAGUGCAGACUUCAGUGGUGCGACCUUUCAAAGAUAUCUUUCACAGCGGUUCUAAAGUGGAACACCUUCCCUUAUUUAUAGGGAAGGUGAUGGAGUGA